GUCCACUACGUCUGCUGCCUUCACUGUGAGCAAGCGCAACAAGGACCAGGACUCGGCUGCACCUCGCGCGAUCACUUCUCCCUGCCUGCAUAUCUCGCGACCGCAUGCGCGCAGCCUUUCAACCCUCCUAAUACCCUCAUCCGACCCGCACUUUGUGCCCAUCGAGUGGUAAAGACGACGACGACGACUACGACUACGUCCACCAUGGAUGCGACGAGCGCUGCGAACCAGGCCCAGCCUGCACCUACGGCUACGGCUACGGCGCCGCAAGAGCAACAUCAGCAGCACGAACAGCCCCCUCAAGAACUCCAGCAACAACCUCUGCAGCCUGUUCCGCCCAACCAGAUCCCGCAGCGACGAUCGCCCGCCAUGAAGCGCGAUGGAUACAAUAACCAGUCACUCGGCGCGUCUCUGAAUACCUCAGUGAAGCAGGCUCGCGUGCUCAUGGUUGGUGCUGGCGGCAUUGGCUGUGAGCUCCUCAAGAACCUGGUGCUGACCGGCUUUGGCGAAAUCCACAUUGUCGACCUUGACACCAUCGAUCUCUCCAACCUAAACCGACAGUUCCUCUUCGGCCACGAGCAUAUCAAGAAGUCCAAGGCGUUGGUCGCCAAAGAGGUUGCGCAGCGAUUCAACCCGAGCGUCAAGAUUGUGGCCCACCAUGCCAACAUCAAGGACACUGAGUUCUCCGUCUCGUGGUUCCGCGAAUUCCACAUCGUCUUUAACGCACUCGACAACCUGGAGGCCAGACGACACGUGAAUAAGAUGUGCUUGGCUGCCGAUGUUCCACUCAUCGAGAGUGGUACAACCGGCUUUAACGGCCAGGCGCAGGUGAUUAAGAAAGGCGUUACAGCGUGUUACGAUUGCACACCCAAGGAGACGCCCAAGUCAUUCCCUGUGUGCACCAUUCGGAGCACCCCCAGUCAGCCCAUCCACUGCAUUGUCUGGGGCAAGAGCUAUCUGCUCAACGAAAUUUUCGGAACCAGCGAAGAUCAAACUGCAUUUGAUCACACCUCGGAUGGUGAUAAUGCCCAAGAGAUUGAAGAGCUCAAGAAGGAGUCGGAUGCCCUCAAGAAGAUCCGAGAUGCUGUGGGCACACCCCAGUUUUCACAGAUGCUAUUUGACAAGGUCUUCAACGGCGACAUCGAAAGAUUGCGCUCUGUUGAAGACAUGUGGAAGUCGCGGAGGGCACCAGAGCCUCUCAAGUACGAGAAGGUUUUGUCGGAAGCUACCGAAGCUCUGGCGUUGAAGGAUAAGGUCCUUAGCGAUGACCAGCGAACCUGGUCGCUCGAGGAGAGCCUCGUUGCCUUCAACGACAGCCUCGAUCGGCUUAGCAAGCGCAUUAUUGAGCUCAAGAAGAACAAACGCCCUGAGGAUCCGGAGCCCAUCAUCACCUUCGACAAGGAUGACGUCGAUACUCUUGAUUUUGUUGCCGCAAGCGCCAACAUUCGCUCCACAAUCUUUGGCAUCGAGAGCAAGUCGCGUUUCGACAUUAAGCAGAUGGCUGGCAACAUUAUCCCUGCCAUUGCCACUGCGAAUGCGAUUGUGGCUGGCCUCUGCGUCCUGCAGUCCUUCAAGGUGCUGAAGGGCGAAUAUACACAGUCGAAAGAGGUCUUCUUGACCCCAUUCGCCUCGGCGCGCCUCCUUGCUCCCGAUAGGUCUCGAGAGCCGAACCCUGACUGCCCAGUCUGUAGUGUCUACAACACCAGCGUCGUUGUAGACCUGUCUCGGGCGACUCUCAAUGACCUCGUGGAAUACUUCAUCAAGGCUAAGCUGGGAUUUGAAGACAAGGAGUUCGUCGUGAACAAUGAUGUUGGUAUCUUGUACGACUUCGACGAAACCGACAACCUUCCCAAGAAAUUGAGUGAUCUUGGGAUCCAGAAGGACUCGUUUUUGACCAUCAUUGAUGACGACGACGAUGACACAUUUGUCAACAUCGUCAUCAAUAUCCAAGAAGGGAACCUUGACGCCGACAAGAAGCCCAUCGAAGCCACAUUCACGGAUACGCCUCAGAUUCCACGGAAACCGAAGAAGGUGCAGCCCGUUGAGACGAAUGGAACCGGCCAGCAGAACGGCCAAGCCACCGCCGAUACUGAUGCCGUUGUCGAGGUUGAGCCGAAGAGUCUCAAGCGAUCUCAUCCCGAUGACGUUGGGCAACCUCUGAAGAAGGUUAAGAUUGCCGAAUCUAGCGCGGAGGUAGUGGUAGUGGAGGACGCCGGUGGCGCGAUCGUCAUUGAUGAUUGAUUUACUACGUCUAGAAGAGACGAUAUUGUGCAUUCCUGGAUAGAUGCAUCAGGCUGCACUCAAUCCGCCGUCGAGAUUGAGGACACAGUUAUUGGCGAAGGCGUUUGAGGCGAGAAAGACGGCGGCCUCGGCAAUUUCCUC